CUAUGCUCCGAUGAGGUGUGUGGGCAGCGGUAGAUGGUUAUAGAAGGAGUAAUAAUGCAUGCAUGCAUUCUUUAAGUGGAAGCAUAAAGCCAUAGAGCAGUAUAAAGAAUAGUGCUCCAGGACUGUGUGUAAUGGCUAGAUGUAGGCUAAGGGAAUAACAUAUAGAUGAGUAGUAGAGUAUCCGCAUCAUAACUACAUCAUCAGAACGUAUAGAAUCGUUAGGAAAUACUAGAGUGUUGGCUGCCUUGUGAGUUGCUGAUGUGCUGGAAUCCCCAUAAGGGACUUAUCUAGAAAGUAGAGCCAGGUGACUCGGUAUAUGUAAGGAAGGUGGGUAGCCCUUUGCAGAUCUCGGUUAAACUAUGCAGCCGGCCCAAGUUGCAGGAGGCGGUGGGCGCACCUUAGCCCCUCUCGCCCAGCAACCUGCCGUCAAGGCGGUGCAUGUGUACAGAAACGGAGACCCGUUUUUCCGUGGGCGCCGCAUGCUGAUCCACGAAAAGCGAGUGGGGACUUUCGAAGUGUUCCUGAAGGAUGUGACGGGAGGGGUGCAAGCUCCCUUUGGGGCGGUCAGGAACCUGUACACCCCGAGAAACGGACACCGGAUCACGUCUCUGGAGGACCUGCAGCCGGGAGAAUGCUAUGUGGCAGGAGGGCGAGAAACCUUCAAGAAGAUGGAUUAUUUGCAUAUUGGGGAAAUAAAGAAAAGACCUGUUGAUCCCCUGAGUCAGGUUAAGCCUGUGUCCCAUAGCAGAAUCAAUGUGUCUGCAAGAUUUCGAAAAAUUGUUCAAGAACCUUGUACUAUUUUCUUGAUUGCUAAUGGGGACACGAUGAAUCCCGUUGUGCGUCUGCUGAUACCCCGAAGAAUUCUAGAACAGUGGGAACUUGUUCUGGCAAUGGUUACAGAGAAAGUAAGGCUCCGAAAUGGGGCUGUGCACAGGUUAUACACUUUAGAAGGAACUCCUAUCCAAGAUGGCUCAGAACUUGAGAAUGGACAGUUUUAUGUUGCAGUUGGCAGGGAGAAGUUCAAAAAGUUGCCUUACAACGAUCUGAUUUUUUCCAAGAGUUCAGUGAGAAGAGCUCAUGGCUCUAAAGCCUCCUCAUUGCCUCCGAUAAAUGGAUUCCGAAAAUCAAAAGAGAAUAGACAUGAGCGUCAGACCAAAUCCACUGGAGGUUCCACUGACACUGUAGAUAAUAUCAUAUCUCCCCAACCCCCAAAAGCAAAAGAAAAGAAAAAACAUGAGCCACAAAUACUGACCAAACCUGUUCAAGUGAGACUGAAUAACGGACAGCUCGUUAACGAAAAUUACCCAGAUAAUGAUGAUGGCAUUUUUAAAGCUUCUGAAGACAGAUCAGAAAUGUGGGGGGCAUCAGAAGUUCAGGAAGAUGAAAACACUAAAGUGGAGGUUCCGGUUGAUCAGAGAGUGGCAGAGACUGUGGAGGAAGAAGAGAAGGCCAAUAUAGACAAUGCUGAUGAAGAUGCUAAUGAAGACGAAGCAGUGGCAGAAGCAGAAGAGGAAGACACACAAAACAACAUCAUUCAUGAGGAUGCCAAUGAAGAUGAAGCUGAAGUAGCAGAAGAAACAGAAGACGCAGAGGGCCAUAGCAUGGCAGAAUAUUCACUUCCUAGGCCAACUUCAUCAAGACUUUUGGAAAAAGUAUCAACUCCCAGUGAAGCAGAAAAAAAUGAAACUAAUGGCGUAGCCUAGAAAAAUGGAGAUGAUAGGGUCUGCUGAACAAUGCUACCUUGAUACUUGAAUCGGCACAUUUAUUUUUGUGAUGUCACUAUACUGGUAGUUUAUUAUUGGGUAUAUGUGUAUAUGUAUAUAAAUGAACAUACACAU